AAGAUAAAAUACUUAAUUAUAAUUGUGUCAGUGUAAAAAAUUAUUAACUCACAAGAAUUAAUUGUGCACAUGGAAGUGGAUGCUACAAUUGCUGACCACGUUAAAACUAAGCUAAAACUAACUUUACAGACACAUUACAUGGCGCUUAUUUUUCAAAGUGUUAACCGCAAUUUAAAUAGCCCACUCGCAAUAUAGCAAGAGAGUCAACUGUUUCAGAAUAGAAAUCAAGAAAAAAAAAAAAACAAAAAAUUUAAAACUAAAAUCAAAUAAUAAUAAAAACAAUAACAACUACGUAAAUUGGUAGCAGAAAGCAAUUAUGCUCAGGCAGGCGACCUGCUUGCGUUAACCACGAAAACCGCUUUCACAGCACAGCAGUCGGUCCUGCACUGUCGCCUCCAAGUGAGCAUACACACACAUACAUCUAUAUUUAAGAUUUCACAUAAAUGCAAACAUGUGCUCAAAUGUCCAGUGGGUAAUUCUACUACAUUCGCCAUUUUCAACGGCUCUGUGGCGGCUCGGGAAUAAUUAUAAGCCGCGCAGUCCACUUUCAUGGUCAAUUGUACGCCGAACGCUGCACGGAAAGCACAAAUUAAGAGGCAUCAUCCAAUGGAAAUAUGAGAAACGUCCAUUUUGCAAUGCUUUUACAGGUUGUGGUAAAAAGCGCUCAUCUCUCCCUUACCCUUUAUGGAAACGAGCUGACUCGGAUGAUGUCAAAAUGUAUAACAACGAAGAUAUGUCGGAAGGACUGAGCGAUCUCAUCGACAUAAAUGCCGAGCCGGCCGUGGAAAAUGUACAAAAACAAAUUAUGUCGCAAGCCAAGAUAUUCGAGGCCAUCAAGGAGGCGAGCAAAGAGAUAUUCCGUCAGAAGAAUAUGCAGAAACUGCGACAGCGCGAAACAAAUCCAGAAGCCAUCGAGGGAGUUUAGGCGAAUAACAAGAAAUUAAAAAAAAAAAAACAAAUUUAAAUUAAUGAAUAUUUGUGUAUUUGUGUGACCAUUAAAAUGUUGAUUCUUUCAAUCGA